CGAGUGGCGCAGCCGCAGCGUCUCCCAGCGCGCAUUUCACAAUGGUAGGUUCAUGUGCGCACACACGCAGUGCGCAGCGCCGCGGGACUCUCCGAGUGGAAACUCUUCGAAGAUUGUUUUCGAGUCUGCGUUUAAACUGUUUCUUCAUUUCCUUCAGGUGUUCCUCCUCCCGGUAUUCCUCCUGCUCUCUGCGCUCUCCGCUCAGGCGGACCCGAUGCGAACCUUCAGCUGCACGGACCCGAGCACGGGACGAGCCCUGGUCUGUGACCGCUGUCCGCCUGGCACCUAUCUGCGCGCACGCUGCACAGCCAUGCAGAAAAGCCAGUGCGUGCCGUGCCCGCCGGGCUCGUACACGGAGCUGUGGAACCAUAUCAGCAAGUGUCUGCGCUGCAGCGUGUGCGGCCAGAACCAAGUUCUGAAGACGGCGUGCACAGCGCACAGCGACUGCCAGUGCCAGUGCCAGUCCGGAUACUACUAUCACGCAAAGUACGACAUGUGCUUACGUCAUAAAGUGUGUGCACCGGGUCAAGGUGUGCUGCACGAAGGUACCUCUAACGAGGACACAGUGUGCUACGAAUGUCCCAGCGGCACUUUCUCUGACACCUCGUCUGCACAGCAGAACUGCACGACGCACAGGAGCUGCAGCGUCAGCGGGAUGCAAUUGUUGCUGAAGGGCUCAUCGUGGCACGACAGUGUGUGCUGGAGCUGCAACAACUCACAAGAUGGAGCCAACUACCUAAAAGAAAUUAUUCCAGCCUUUUUUGUUCAUCAGCACAUGCACAUUAAGCGGCUACGUCGCGUCGUGCACAGGCUCCGUUCCGAGGACGGUAAAACCAAAGAAGAUGUGUCGGAACUCGACCGUGCAACUCUUUAUGCACGAAUCAAGCCUUGGGUUGGUUCAGCGACCUCCCAGCAGAUUCGCCAACUCCCGGCAAUUCUGCAGAGGAUUGGUGCGAAUGGGGCCACUGAGAAACUGGAGAACAAGCUGCAGCGCAUUGACACUCAACUGAGUGCGCCAUGCGCAACACCGGAGUCCACAACUACAGUUUUAUCGCUACAAUAACCUGUUAAAA